UCAUACAAUUCUUUGAACUUAUUGUUGUGCUGUACUUAUUCUAGUGAUUUUUUUAACAGUUUGAAGUUGAAGCUAAAAUUAUUAUUUUCCGUCAUAAAAUUGGGGUUGUGCCGUGUGUGUUGUCAUGUUGUAGAAAUGGUGGCGUUAUAUGUUUAUUUAUUUUUAUGCAUUUCCACUAAUUUAAUUUCAGCACAAUAUUACGAUGAAUACGAAUGCAAUACACCUCUUUUCACUAGAGCAGCACUAAGUGCUACCUCUUCUAUGAGUGGAAGAGGACCAGAAAAUGCUGUUUUAUAUGGUGGUAAUGCAUGGAGCUCCAAGGACAAUGACUUUGAUCAGUAUCUGAUUUUUGAUCUGGGACAAGUAAUGAACCUAACAAGGAUAUGGACUCAAGGUAGGCCUCACAGUAACGAGUACGUUAUGGAAUAUCAGAUCAGUUACGGUACCAACGGUCUCGACUAUGCAAAUUACAAAGAAUCCGGCGGAGAUACUAUGAUGUUUCGGGGCAAUGUAGAUGGAGACACGGUCCACAAAAAUGAAUUUGAAGUUCCAAUCAUUGCUCAAUGGAUCAGGAUAAACCCAACGAGAUGGAGAGACAGGAUCUCUCUGAGGGUCGAACUAUUCGGUUGUGAUUACGAGGCGGACGAUAUGUAUUUCAACGGAACCUCUCUCCUCAAAUACGAUCUACUGAGAGAGCCAAUUUCGGCUCUGAAAGAGAGCAUAAAGUUCAGAUUCAAAACUAGCGCUCCGAACGGAGUUGUCCUCUACAGCAGGGGAACGCAGGGAGAUUACAUAGCUUUGCAGCUUCAAGACAAUAGGAUGCUUUUGAAUAUAGAUUUAGGCUCUGGAACGGUGACCAGCUUAUGCGUUGGAAGUCUGUUGGAUGACAACUUAUGGCACGACGUCGUGAUAUCCAGGAAUAGGAGGGAUAUUUUGUUUUCUGUUGACAGGGUGGUUGUGUAUGAUAAAAUCAAAGGCGAAUUUCAGCGACUGAACUUGAACAGAGGGUUUUACGUUGGUGGAGUUCCAAUAAAAAAAAAAAAUUUUUGGAUCCUCGGUUUUUUCCUAUUGUGGUUAGCUUUCAAGAAAAGAAAAUCGGCUUGGAGUCCUAAAGAGAGCACUUACUUUGAAAAACUAAUCCUGGAUCUCGGUAGUCGUUACGAGAUCCGGUCCAUGGCCACGCAAGGCCGUGGUAGCGGUUCUCACGAAUACGUCACGGAGUACAUUCUCGACUACUCUGACGAUGGUGAAGGUUGGAAGAGUUUUCAUGACUCUGAGGGAGAGAUCGAGAUGGCGUUCAACUAUGGGGAAACGUUCAAAUAUGAAAAAAUCAAUACCCUGUGGAGUUGCCCAGAACCUCAAAUCAUUCCAGUUACGUUCAAGACUCAGCAUUCCUUCGCAAAAUUGAAGGGAUACGAAGGAAUGUCCUCUCUUAAUUCUUCUUUUGCGUUCAGAACGUUUGAAGAAAAUGGAUUGAUGCUUUAUCAUGCCUUUUCUACCAAUGGUUAUGUUGCUGUGACUUUAAACAAUCAAGUCGUCUUCAACGUCGAUUCUCGGCCCAUGAUGACGACGCGCCUCCUGAAGAUCGUGACUGGCUCUCUGUACCUGAUCGCGGGCGGCGUGAACGCCCCCCUUGGCUACUCCAACACCAUAUUCCCCGGCUUCGUAGGAUGCAUGAGGACCAUACGCAUUGACGGCAACAACAAGCUGCCCACAGACUGGACCAAGGAGGAAUACUGCUGUGGGGAGGACGUGGUGUUCGACGCCUGCCAGAUGACGGACCGUUGCAACCCGAACCCCUGUCAGCACGGCGGCGUGUGCAAGCAGAAUUCAAUGGAGUUCUUCUGCGUAUGUAAGGGAACCGGCUAUGGAGGAGCGGUCUGCCACACUUCCAUCAACUCUCUCUCCUGCUUGGCGUACAAGAACGUUCAAGCGGUCGGGCAGCGCGCAGAAAUCAAGAUCGACGUCGACGGCAGCGGACCCCUCGCCGCGUUCCCUGUCACGUGUGAGUUCUAUGCAGACGGGCGAGUAGCCACCUUCCUCCACCACAGCAACGAGGAAACUACCCCUGUGGAUGGCUUCCAAGAACCGGGCGAGUUCUCGCAGGACAUCCAUUACGAGGCCGACGACGAUCAGAUCGCUGCGCUCAUCAACAGGUCGCUGACUUGCAGACAGCACAUCCAGUAUGCGUGCAGGGGGGCCAGGCUGAUGGGGUCCCCAUCGGAGGAGAUGAAUUUCAGGUAUAUGUUACCUGAAAUUCAUCUCCUCCGAUGGGGACCCCAUCAGCCUGGCCCCCCUGCACGCAUACUGGAUGUGCUGUCGGCAAGUCAGCGACCUGUUGAUGAGCGCAGCGAUCUGAUCGUCGUCGGCCUCGUAGUGGAUGUCCUGCGAGAACUCGCCCGGUUCUUGGAAGCCAUCCACAGGGGUAGUUUCCUCGUUGCUGUGGUGGAGGAAGGUGGCUACUCGCCCGUCUGCAUAGAACUCACACGUGACAGGGAACGCGGCGAGGGGUCCGCUGCCGUCGACGGUGCCUUGGAUGAGAGAGAAGGCCGCUACACGCUGGGGCCGUUGAUAUGCGAAGGAGACGAUCUCUUCGACAAUGUGGUGACGUUUCGAACAUCCGACGCCACCAUCAACUUACCGACCUUCGAUAUGGGCCACAGCGGCGAUAUUUAUUUCGAGUUCCGAACCGCCGUUGAAGACGCCGUCUUGUUCCAUUCGACGGGGCCAACAGAUCACAUCAAACUGAGUAUUGUUAAUGGUAACCAGCUGCAGUUCGAAUAUCAAGCUGGAUCGGGGCCCAUGGCAGUUAUCAGGUAUGACAGCUACAUGUGCGAUUGCCGGUGGACUGCUUUCAAGGGCCCCAUUUGUGCAGACGAAAUAGGUGUCAACAUGCGCCAAAGUUCCAUGGUCAGAUACGACUUUGACGGUUCCUUCCGUUCCACCAUUUCCGAGCACAUCCGCGUCGGUUUCACGACCACUAACCCCAAAGGUUUUCUGCUGGGCUUCACGUCAAACAUGACGGGCGAAUACAUGACCAUUAUGGUGUCCAACUCGGGCAGCCUGCGCAUUGUCUUCGACUUUGGCUUUGAGCGCCAAGAGGUACACUACCCUGACAAGUACUUCGGGUACGGCCAGUACCACGACCUGAUCGUCUCGAGGAAGAACGGAGGCUCGACGCUCGUAAUGCAGGUGGACGGGAACGAGCCGAAAGAGUUCAACUUCAACAUCAAAGCCUCGGCCGACGCACAGUUCAACAACAUCCAGUACAUGUACAUCGGCAAGAACGAGUCCAUGACGGAAGGCUUCAUCGGGUGCAUCUCCAGGGUCGAGUUCGACGACAUCUAUCCACUAAAAUUGCUGUUUCAGCAGCAGGGACCCGGCAACGUCAAGUCUUUGGGAACUCCAUUGACUGAGGAUUACUGCGGCGUCGAACCGAUCACGCACCCGCCCGACAUUGUUGAGACGAGGCCGCCACUCAGUGUCGAUCCCGACAAGUUGAGGAAAGCUUACAACCAAGUCGAUUCUGCCAUUUUGGGAAGUGUUCUGGCAAUCGUUUUCUUAGCGCUGAUCAUCCUGCUCAUCAUCAUCGGCAGGUACUUGCACCGACACAAGGGCGAAUACUUGACACAAGAGGAUGCUGGCGCUGACUCUGCUCUAGAUCCGGAUACGGCAGUGGUGCACGGCACGACGGGUCACCACGUUCAGAAGAAGAAGGAGUGGUUCAUAUAGCUCUGCGACCGUCGGAAAGAACGAGGCCUAAUAGUACAAGUGAAUAUGUAAUAAAGUUAGUUUCGGACACACAUUUAGGGCAGAUUGGAUGCGGAGGCUCAACAGUAACGGAGUUGAAUAUUGAACGAAGCAGAAAUUUGCUCCGACCGUGGUGGCUUAUUCAAUUAUAGAAUUUAUAUCCUCGAAAGAACACUGCUUGAGAGUACUUAUCACAAUCGUGUUUCCUCUGUUGAACCAAAGCUUCCAGAGUUAUAAUAUGAAGAAUUAUACAGGAUGAAAAUUAUAAAUUAUGAAGCUUUCCUAUUGAAAAGCUACUCUGGCAUUCAAAAAAUUCUUUUUUUGUCGAUUCUCGUUCUGUAUAGUUCAGUUUAAAACCAUUCCAAAUAUGAGAUUAUGAGUAAAUCAGUUUUUUUUUAUAUUCAUUACACCAAAAUGUUUACAUGUUUAUUUUGAUUUUCUGUGGUUAUUUUCCGUCCAUUUUUUAUUUAUCUUAAUUUUUAUUUGUGAAUUCUCUCGUAGGUUGACUUAAAAAAAAUGUGUCUUUGGUAUAUUGUUUAAAUAUUCUGAUUUUAUAGGUCACACCCAGUAUCUAAUGUAUGUAAUCUAAUUAUUUGUAUAUCUUUUUUACAUAUAAAGUGUUGAACAAAUUUUUAGCAUUA